AUGCAGCCUGACCGGCUGAUCAAAGCCCUCACCAUCACUGUACAGAUCCUCAUCAGCCUUGUCCUCUUCGCCAUCGUCCUCCCCUUCUUCAUCCUAUGGCGCGCCCCAAUAAGCCUCCUCUACUUCACCAAGAACGAAAAGCCACAGGAAAAGAACGCAGACCAAGAGAGAGAAAGGCUACAAGGCCUGCCAGCGGACGAGGAAGAAGAAGAACCGAAACCACCCCCACCACCAGACCUCCACGAGCGCGCCCUCGCACCCUACACAAAACAAUGGACAGCCUUCAAAUCACGCCCGAUCAACCAACCCCUCGUAACCCACUGGUCGCGCGUAGCAUGUCUCUCUCUCCUCACGAUACAAACCACGCUCACCCUCGCCCUCCUCGAAAAGUCGCUCGUGUAUCACAUCCCCUGGUUCGUUACACACCUCUCGGACACAGAAUACAAGACGUCGAAGAAGAAGCUUUGGCUGAACGACUUGCUACUGCAUGUAGCCUGGCUGCUUAUGACAUGUGCGCCUGUUGUAGGUUUGUUAGGCGUAGGCCUGGGUAUCGCGUACUAUAUGGCUAAAGCGGCGAGGUACGGGAAGUUUAAUAAGGGUAUGGCGAGAAAGAAGGGAGGGAGGGGAUACGAGGAUCCGAAUAAGGCGAGGGAGGGAGAAGGGAAGAACGGCGAGGCACAUGGGGUGAAGGAGACGGUUAUGGGGGUUGUGGAUCAUGUUAUGCAUCCAAAUGUUCAUGUUCCGCAGCUGCAUUCACCGCACCCGCAUCUGCAUCACAACCCGCACGAACAGCGGGAGCCGGAAGCUUCGCCGUAUGGGUAUCCGGGGUAUAGUGAGGACAUCCUCUUCGAGCAGCCUGGGGAUACGGCGGGUGGGUAUCAAGAUACGGUCCAGCAAACGCCGCCUGUAGUGGUCCAGCCUCCGGCACCGGCGGCAAGGUUCGAUAAGAACCCUUAUACUUUGGCUGGUAUCGCGUCGAUCUGGACUGGUCAGAAGGAGAAGAUGAAAGGUGGCUACGACGGGAGAGAUGUCAGGAAGCAGAACUUCGCUGACGAUAUUGAGAUGGCGGAUUGGGUGGGUAGGAAGUAA